CAAGCUUCCCCUCCGUGCCGGUGCUCGCCUGCCGGCGCUGGGGCGCGGAAGGAACAAUGAAGUGGUCCAUCCUUUUGGUGGGCUGCGUGAGCGGCCUCUCUUCCAAGGGCCGGGAGCUGCCGCCGGACCCGGCGAAGGUGCCGCUGCCGCAGGUGCCGCAGGCGACGAAUGUGGGCCAAGAUGGCUUCCCGGCGCUGCCGUCCAUGGAGGACAUCAUGAAUCCCUACUCCCAGACCAUGUCGGGCAUCAGUUCCCGCGCCAAGGAGCUGGAGGCCAAGAUGAUGAAGAUUGAGAAAGAGAACGCGGUACGUCUCCAGAAGCAGAAGAAGGUCUUUGACAGGAAGCUCAAGGAGCAGGAGGAGAAGAACCAGGUGGUGGUCAAGGAGAACGCAGAGUUGGCCAAAUCCAUCAUGCACCUCAAGCAGAAGAACCAGGCGGUGUUUGCCGAGUCCCAGGGCCUCCAGAAGGCGAUCGCCGUGCGGCAGUCGGAGGUGAAAAGAAUUCAGGAGCAACUCUCCUCUGUGCAAGCCUUCCUCUCCGACACGCUGGAGAGCACCGACCUGAACAAGGCUGAGCUGAAGGUCUUGGAUUUGGAGGCCUCGGCGGAGCAGAAAGAGACGGAGGAGGCAAAGCAGAAGCGCAAGGUGGCCUCCUAUUUCGAUAUCGCGCAGCGCCGCGCGGAGCAGACAGAGAAGGAGGCCCUGUCAUUCCUCUCCAUCAGUGAGGAGGUGCAAGAGGAGCCAUCAAAGGAGCCUGAGCCGGAGAAUCUGCUGGGAGUGCUCUCGGAGGGUGUGAAAGACAUGAAGCGCCAGGGUCAGGCCACGUCCCAGCGCCUGAAAAGCCUCUUCCUGCAGAGCCUGCGGGACGGCGUUAAAAGACACAAUGCGCUGCUGUCGCAGCAGAAAGUCUUGCAAGAGACCCUGAGCAGCAUGCAGUCCUACGAGGAGAGGCUCUCCAAGGCCCAGCAGCACCUGAAGGACACCAAGGCCACUCUGGACAAGCAGCUUCACACCUCGGGACUCUUCUUGCAGAAGCUGGCGCAGAUUACGCUGGGCAAUCCAGAGGAGGGCGCUCGGGAGUUGUCCGCCGUUCGCCAGUCGCCCUGAGAGUCGCAGAGUGUGCGCCAAAGGCGCUCGUUGAGCGCGCCUUGCGGCGGCCAAAAUCCGCGAGUGCCGGAAU